AUGGCCAACAGCACCAUGGCCAAUAGCACCGUCACCAACAGCACCAUGGCCAAUAGCACCGUCACCAACAGCACCAUGGAGAGCACCGUGGCCAACAGCACCAUGGGGGACACCAUGGCCAGUAGCACCAUGGCCAACAGCACUAUGACCAAUAGCACCAUGGAGGGCACCAUGGCCAACAGCACCAUGGCCAACAGCACCGUCACCAACAGCACCAUGGAGAGCACCAUGGCCAACAGCACCAUGGCCAGAACCAUAGCCAACAGCACCAUGGAGAGACCCAUGGAGAGACCCAUGGCCAACAGCACCAUGGCCAACAGCACCAUGGACAGAACCAUAGCCAACAGCACCAUGGAGAGACCCAUGGCCAACAGCGCCAUGACCAACAGCACCAUGGAGAGCACCAUGACCAACAGCGCCAUGACCAACAGCACCAUGGAGAGCACCAUGACCAACAGCACCAUGGCCAACAGCACCAUGGCCAGCAGCGCCAUGGCCAACAGCACUAUGGCCAAUAGCACCAUGGAGAGCACCAUGGUCAACAGCACCAUGGAGAGCACCAUGGCCAACAGCACCAUGGCCAGCACCAAUGGCACCAUGGUGGGCAGUAGCACCCAGGACAGUACCCAUGGCACCAUGGUGGGCAACGGCACUGUUGUGGUCAAGAGCUCCAUGGACUCUACCGUGAUGAGCAAUAGCACCAUGGACACCACUACCAUGAGCAAUAGUGCCAACACCACCGUGAAGGUCAACAGCACCGUGGCCACCACCAACACCGUGAAGGUCAACAGCACCAUGGCCACCACCAACACCAUGAAGGUCAACAGCCCCUUGGGCCCUGCCAAUGGCACCAUGGUGGUCAACAGCACCAUGGCCACCACCGACACCAUGAAGGUCAACAGCACCAUGGCCACCACCAACACCAUGAAGGUCAACAGCACCAUGGCCACCACCAACACCAUGAAGGUCAACAGCCCCUUGGGCCCUGCCAAUGGCACCAUGGUGGUCAACAGCACCAUGGCCACCACCAACACCGUGAAGGUCAACAGCACCAUGGCCACCACCAACACCAUGAAGGUCAACAGCCCCUUGGGCCCUGCCAAUGGCACCAUGGUGGUCAACAGCACCAUGGCCACCACCAACACCGUGAAGGUCAACAGCACCAUGGCCACCACCAACACCAUGAAGGCCAACAACACCACCGUGCCGGCCAACAGCACCAACACCCUACUGGGUAGCAGCACCAUGACGACGGUGCCCAACAGCCCCAUGGACGCCCCCAACGCCCCCAAGAUGCCCACCGACGGCUCCACCGCGGACAACCCUACUCCAACCACCGAUAUCCCCCCCACCCCGAUGCCCACCACCACCACCAUGAGCACCCGCAUCGGCGGCGGCGGCGACGCCACGGCCCCCCCCAAACCGGGCAAGAAAGCCCUUUUGCUGCGUCACCGUGCGUUGGAGCUGGCCCCGGAGCAGGACGCCGUGGUCAAGGUGGUCGACGGCCACUUGGUCUACGUGUGCGGCACUUGCCAUCGCUCCUACAUGACCCUGUCGAGCCUGAAGCGCCACGCCAACGUCCACUCGUGGCGCCGCACCUACCCGUGCCGCUACUGCGACAAGGUCUUCGCCUUGGCCGAGUACCGCACCAAGCACGAGGUUUGGCACACGGGCGAGCGCCGGUAUCAAUGCGUCUUCUGUUGGGACACCUUCGUCACCUACUACAACCUCAAGACCCACCAGAAGACCUCGCACGGCAUCAACCCGGCCUUGAUCUCCUCCGAGAAGACACCCAACGGCGGCUACCGGCCCAAGGUGGACGCCUUGAAGCUCUACCGCCUGCUCCCCAUGCGGGCCCACAAGCGGCCCUACAAGACCUACAACCAGGAAGGCUUCCUCGUGCCGCCACCGGCACCGGCGCCGGCACCGGCGCCCGCCUCCGUCAUCGCCUACGGGCCGUCGCCUUCGGUCAUCGUGCCGCCCAUCAAGAAGCAAGUGCUCAAGGAGUACAUCGAGGCGCAACAGGCGGCGGUGACGGUGACGGCGGCGACCCCGGCGCCGCCGCAACCACCGCCGGGAGACAGCCGGACCAUGACGUACGUGGCCAAACCGGCGUGCUCGGGGCCGCUGGGGGGGCUGUGCCAGAUCACCGUGCGCAUCGGCCAGGAGGCCGUUGUCAAGCGGAGCAUCGCCGAGAGCCACCUACACCCGCCGGCGACAGGCGGCGGCGACGGUGACGGUGACGGUGGCGACGCCGCCGCCGCCGAGGAGCGGUUGUGGGGCUACAGCCCCAAAGGCAAGCGGAAAGCGGGGGCCGGCGAAGGGGUGACCCCAACCGCGUGGCGCCGGGGGUGGCAACACCCGUGCGGGGUGUGCGGGAAGAGCUUCGCGGCGCUGCGGAAGCUGCGGCGGCACCAGCGGGGACACGCGGAGCCGGGGGGGGACCAAGGGGGGACCCCGGCCCCACCGGCGCGUGUGGGGCGGCGUCCGGCCCUGCGCUUCGCCUGUAGCCGCUGCGUGAAGGUGUGCAGGACGGCGGCGGCGCUCAGCCGGCACCUCAAGAGGCAUCAGGCGGAGCUACAGGCGGAAGAAGGGGGUGUUGGGGGGCAGGAGGGGGGCGGCGGCUGCCCCAUAGAAGGGGUGGGGGGUGCGGAGGGGGACAAGGGGGUGGCAGCGGGUGACAAAGAGGCAGCGGGUGACAAAGAGGCGGCGGGUGACAAGGAAGCGCCGGGUGACAACAGGCGGACGGGGGAACCCCGGGCGCCACACCCCUCUCCCCAUUGGCUCCACUCCUUCCUAUUGGCCACGCCCUCCCCCACCCCCACUUCCGCACUGGCUCCGCCUCCUUUGUCUUGA